CAACUCAACUACGUAAAACGUAAUCCUAUUUCUUUGUCUCGCAGAAACUCGCUCACUCAGCCAUGGAAGCUCUGUCAGGAGUUCCUCGAAUCCCUCUCCGCAAGUUCGAACCAGACACCGAUAAAAUCAAACGGAACCUGCUCGAGAAGGGCGUCCAACCUACUCCCAAGAUCAUCCACACCCUCCGCAAGAAAGAAAUCCAAAAGCACAAUCGCAAACUCAACAAAACCCAAACUGAUCAAGCCCCGCCGCCUCCACUUCAUCUCACCGAAGAAUCCCACUUCAAGACCCUUAAACGCGAGUACAUGGACUUCAAUAAAGAGGUGAAUUCGAAGAUGGGUGUUCCGACGGUUGGAAAUCCUUGGGAGAGGUUGGACAGUCUCAGGUUAAGGGAGCUGGCCGGAGCCACCACCGAAUACGCCGGAGAGAAGUUGAGGCGAGAGGAGCUGAGGGAAUUGGGCCGAGUGUUUGAGGCCCGGAAGCGCGAUGAGUUGCGGUGGGUUCUGGAAGAUGACUUAGAGAUUAGUGAAGAGGUUCUGAAUGGCGAGAAAAAGGUUUGGGACCCAUUGAAGCGGAGACGAGGAGAGGUUGAGGUGAUUCAGUUUCUUGUUGAUAGACUCAGUUCUACUAAGCUUGCCAUUAAGGACUGGAAACUUUCUAGGAUUAUGAAGCAGUCGGGACUGGCGUUCACUGAGGCUCAGUUGCUUAGGAUCGUUGAUGGGCUUGGGGCGAAGAGAUGUUGGCAGACAGCAAUGUCUGUAGUUGAGUGGGUAUAUGAGGAUAAGGAAAGGGGACGAAAUAAAAGCAGGUUUGUUUACACAAAACUCAUGGCAGUUCUAGGGAAAGCCAGGAAGCCAGAUGAUGCUCUAAGUGUUUUCAAUCUGAUGCGUGGAAAUCGUCAUAUAUAUCCUGACAUGGCUGCAUAUCAUAGCAUUGCUGUCACACUUGGUCAAGCUGGUCGCCUGAAGGAAUUGCUGAACAUUAUGGAAUGCAUGAGAAAGAAGCCUUCUAAACUAAAAAAUAUACAGUUCAAGAACUGGGAUCCUGUUCUUGAACCUGAUGUUGUUGUAUAUAAUGCUGUAUUGAAUGCGUGUGUGCCAUCCCAGCAGUGGAAGGCAGUGUCUUGGGUUUUCAUUCAGCUAAGAAAGAGUGGUUUGAAACCUAAUGGAGCUACUUACGGACUUGCCAUGGAGGUAAUGCUACAAUCUGGAAAGUAUGACCUUGUUCACGAAUACUUUAGAAAAAUGAGAAAAAGUGGGGAAGCUCCAAAAGCUCUUACAUAUAAAGUUCUUGUUAAAGCAUUGUGGUGCGAAGGGAAAGUGAAUGAAGCUGUUGAAGCAGUCAGGGAUAUGGAACAAAGGGGUGUGGUUGGAGCAAGCAGUGUAUAUUAUGAGUUAGCUUGCUGCCUCUGUAGCGUAGGAAGGUGGGAAGAUGCUAUGUUAGAGGUUGAUAAGAUGAAAAAAUUGUCUAAUACUAGACCUUUGGCGGUCACCUUCACCGGCAUGAUUAUGUCUUCUAUGCGAAGUGGACAUAUUGAUGACUGCAUAUCUAUUUUUGAAACUAUGAAAAAUCAGUGCUCCCCUAACAUUGGGACCAUAAAUAUCAUGUUGAAAGUAUACGGCCGUAAUGAUAUGUUCUCUAAAGCUAAAGAGUUGUUCGAAGAGAUAAAGAAAGCUAAUUCUGAUUCCUGCCCAUCUUUGGAUGGUCAUAAGACACUCCUCGUCCCAGAUGAGUUCACAUACAGCUCAAUGCUCGAGGCAUCUGCGAGCGCUCUACAAUGGGAAUACUUUGAGUUUGUGUACAAGGAGAUGGUUAUCUCUGGGUACCAGCUAGAUCAAACUAAACACGCAUCACUACUUCUGAAAGCAUCCAGAAAUGGGAAGUGGCAUUUGCUGGAAAAUGCAUUCAAUGCUAUUUUAGAAGCUGAAGAUAUUCCUAAUUCUUUGUACUGGACCGAAAUGGUGCUUCAAAAUGUAGCUCAAGAAGACUAUAUGAAAGCUGUCACUCUGAUAAAUGCAAUGGCUCUUGCGCCAUUCAAAAUCAGUGAAGAUCAAUGGAAAGAACUUUUUGAGAAGUACGAAGAGAAAAUCGGUCAGAAUAACUUAGAGAAACUGCUGGACUAUUUGGAUGAUGGUGAUGUAAAAUCAGAACCCACAGUCGUCAACUUAUCAAGAGCACUGCGCCGUCUCUGUGAUUCCGGCAUAUCAGGAAAUUUCUCUAGCUCAAUUGAUUGUGGGAGUGAAAACGUAAAUAAAUCAUCCUUGGAUGAUAAUGUUGGAAUGACUUUUGGCGAAGACUCCGACUCAGAUGAAGAUCUUCCUAGCUUCAGCAUAGAUCUCACUAGCAUGGAGGUUGAUCUCGAUAAUGACAGGGAAAGCAACCUUCUAACCAGCACAACAGGGUUAACUACAGAUGAAGCUUCGAACGGUGAAUCUAGUGACCCUUUACAUGGUAGUUACUCAACAACUGAUAUAACUGAAAGCUUGGUGGAUGUGGAUGAGACUGAACUUGAAAAACUGUUGAAUGGGGUUCAUCAUUCUGAUAAAUCUGACUUGCCUUCUGCAUAUGAAGUUCUAGAGGCUUGGAAGGAAAGCAGGAGAAAAGAUGGGGUCUUGUUCUCAUCUCGACUUGGCCAGAAAUGAGUGGUUUUUGUCUGUUUUUUUUUACUUCCUCUUAUUGCUGAUGCAACUGUGUAUAUAUGUACGUGUAGUACAUUAAUGAACGUUUUCGAUAGUAAUCUAGUUAAA